AGCAUUUUUAACCUACUUCAGUUUAUAUAAUUCAGUAUGCGGCAACUAAUUUUCUUCGUACUCGUUCCAUUACUAUCCCAAGCUCUCGAAUUGCGUCACCCUUGCAACCUAUCAGUGGACCUUGGUGAUACGAACUGCCAAAAUACCUCCUCCAUCAGAUACUAUCUAGACGCAGAAACUCUCUCGUGCCUUCCCUUCAGAUACACUGGAUGUGGCGGAAACGAAAACAACUUUGAAUCACCGAGCAUCUGCCAUAUGAGAUGCAUUCCAAUGGAUUAUCACACAUGUCCAGCCAACAGACCACCAGUGAAGAGAGCAGAUGGUUCGGCAAGCUGCAACGAUGAAAAGAAGUGUCCAGAAGGAUCCAGAUGCCUGAAGGGAUUCGUUGUCGGACUCUGCUGCGACAUCAAAGAAAUUGAUAAAUACCACGACGAUAAUAAGCCCGAUUGCGGUCAUAGAAAGGUGGUAACGGAAAAAUUGUACGGAUUUCCUAUGACCUUGCAUGGUAAGGAAUGCGAGCACAACUUCUGUCCGAAAAUAUCCGAAUGUCGAAAAGGACACUUUUACGCGUACUGUUGCAAAUGAGUAAAGAAACCAGCCAGGAUGAAGCCUUUGCAUUGCCAGCUUUAUUGUGACGAGUACGAGAAAUAAAGUUU